AUGGGUUUAGCCGGUCCUAAGAAGAGGACCAAAAUUUCAAGCGACCCGAAUAACACAACGUGGACUCGAUCAACGUCCAACUAUGGACACAAAAUCAUGACAUCCCAGGGCUGGGCGCCUGGUGAUUAUUUGGGUGCAGCAAACAGUAACCGGACCGAUACAUAUACCGCCGCCAGUUUCGGUCACAUCCGGGUAUCUCUCAAAGACGAUAACCUAGGGCUGGGUGCGAAACCCCGCCGGCCACUGGUAGACGAUGAGCCCACCGGACUCGACGCAUUCCAAGGACUAUUAGGACGACUCAAUGGAAAGAGUGAAAUUGAAAUAGAAAAGGAAAUGAAUGUCAAACGGGAUAUCAAGGCCAUGACUUAUAUUGAGCGGAGAUGGGGCUGCAUGAACUUUAUCCGUGGCGGACUUCUGGUACCGGAUAAGGUCAACAAAAUACCAAAUGACGAAGAAAACAAGGCCGUGGAGAGUACAGAGAAUAUCAAGCCUACCGAGGAAUCAGUAAGUGAAGAUACAGAUAAGAAAGAGAAGAGGAAACGGGAAAAGAAGGAGAAAAAGGAACGAAAAGAAAAGAAAGAGAAAUCCAAGGAGAAAAAGAAGCGGAAGAAGGACGCGGAAGUGUCUGAGGAUAUUGCAGACAGCGGGUUUGCAACGGAGAUAUCUACCCCUGCUUCAAGAGCGGAAACUUCUGAUGAAGCCGACUCUGCUGAUUCAAAAGACGAGAAACGAAAUUCGAAGGAUAAGAAGAAAUCAAAAAAGCGGAAACGAAAGGAAGACGCCCAGGCUGAUAAGGCCGAACCUUUACCUGUACCCAACGAAGCAGCAAAAAAAGACACUGAGGCGGCCGAGGCCGCUAGUUCAGUACCAGCAGUACCUGUUGCUGUUAAGGAAAGGGUUAUCCCUAUUUCUCGACAGCUUCUACGAGGAAGAUAUAUUCAGCAAAAGAGACGGGCAGUUAUGGACACUAAGUCAUUGAAUGAGAUAUUUAUGACCACAAGUUGA